GGAAGGCGGAACCGGCGCCGUGCCCGGGCGGGCGGCUCCGGCUCCAGCUCCAGCUCCGGCAUCAGCGGCGGGGGGCGAGGAGACUUCCAGGGCUGAAACCGCCCCGGCUCUUCCCCUCCCGGAGGCGUUCAACCCUGCGAGGGGCCAACGGGGCUGCAUGGAGCAGCCCGGUGGUACCCCCCGCCCCACGCCAUGAGGCUGGAUUAGCCGCGACGGAGCCCUCCGAGCCCCGCACCGCCCCGCACCGCACCGCCCGCCGCCCCCAUGGCGAAGGAGAGGAGCAGGAAGGCGCUGGUGGAGCUGCUCCAGCGGCCGGGCAACGCGCUGUGCGCAGACUGCGCGGCCCCGGACCCAGACUGGGCAUCCUACAGCCUGGGGAUCUUCAUCUGCUUGAACUGUUCAGGAAUCCAUCGCAACAUCCCCCAAGUCAGCAAAGUGAAGUCUGUCCGGCUGGAUGACUGGGAUGAUGCUCAAGUGGAGUUUAUGGCCUCAAAUGGAAACAAUGUAGCAAAAGCAAAAUACGAAUCUAAAAUGCCACCGUUUUAUUACAAGCCAACAUAUCUUGACUGUCAGCUGCUGCGGGAACAGUGGAUCAGAGCCAAAUAUGAACGAAAAGAAUUCAUUCACAGUGAGAAGCAGGAGCCUUAUUCUGCAGGGUACCGAGAAGGGUUUCUGUGGAAGAGAGGACGUGACAACGGGCAGUUCCUAAGCCGAAAAUUUGUGUUAUCAGAGAGGGAAGGUGCUCUGAAGUACUUCAACAAAAAUGAUGCGAAAGAACCCAAAGCAAUUAUGAAGAUUGAACACCUAAAUGCAACUUUCCAGCCUGCAAAAAUCGGGAACCCACACGGCCUGCAGAUCACUUACUUGAAGGACAAUAGCACAAGGAAUAUCUUUGUCUAUCAUGAAGAUGGCAAGGAAAUAGUGGAUUGGUUCAAUGCCAUCCGGGCAGCCCGGUUUCAUUACUUGCAAGUGGCAUUCCCUGGAGCCAGCGAUGUUGAUCUGGUGCCAAAGCUUUCUAGAAACUACCUGAAGGAAGGGUACAUGGAGAAAACGGGGCCAAAGCAAACAGAGGGAUUCAAGAAGCGAUGGUUCACCAUGGAUGACCGACGGCUCAUGUAUUUCAAAGAUCCCCUGGAUGCCUUUGCUAGAGGGGAAGUCUUUAUUGGGAGCAAGGAAAACAGCUACAAGGUCCUGGAAGGGCUUCCACCAUCCACGCAGGGAAACCACUGGCAGCACGGGAUCACCAUCGUCACCCCCGAUCGGAAAUUCCUCUUUGCCUGCGAGACGGAGGAGGAGCAGCUGGAGUGGAUCACAACUUUUCAGAAAGUUAUCAGCCGCCCGAUGCUGCCUCAGGAAUAUGCAGUGGAAGCCCAUUUCAAACAUAAACCUUAGCUGGGACUGGCUGGGCAGACCUGAGGAAUGAGCUUCUGUUUACAACACAACGUGGUUUUAUUUGAAAUGUUAAAAAAUAAUAAGAAUAAUAACAGUAAUAAUAAUUAUUAUUAUUAAUAAUAAUAAUACUUCCCUUUCCCCUCAUCAUUCACUUGAUCAUGUCGGAAACCAAGAAGGAUGGCAGUGAAGUGUUGGAGAAGAUGCUGAUCCAACCCAAAACUUGGCUCUGUGGCUGCUCUGUGGGACACACUGCUAGGACAGGUGGUCCCUGGGACUUGUCACCCCCCACCCAGCUUUGGCAGGGUGUUGAAGACUGUCAGUGCCACCUCUUGGAGGAGAAGGGGGUUGUCCCCACCGGCUGACCCCUGGAGGCUGAGCAUCCCCAGAGCCCCAGCUCUCCACCAGCCCUUUCCCUGGGGUCCUGCGAGUCCCUGAGUGGGGACAUCCUGCUGGGACGUGAUGCUCCAACAUGAACUGGUGCUGAGAGAUGUGGGUGAGCUGCCUGACAGCACUGGGGUGAAGGAUAACUGACCUCACCUGGUGUUGGUGGUGAUGGUGGUGGUGAUGCUGUACCCAGCAAGGAUCAAAUGGGAUUUAGGCAUAAGAGAAAUCAGUGCUGUUUGCCCUAUUAGCUGUUUAGUGAGGCCACAGAGGGGGGUGCCCAACACGGGCAGAGCAGGAAGGGGGUGACUGAUCCACCAGGCUGGGGAGCAAAGCUUUCGGGGUCGGGGUCCACACCCCCCACACUGCCCUGCUGCACUUGUGCCCCCCAGGUUCCCGUUCCAUGGUUCAAGGGAGGGUGGGGAUUUAACUCCUUUCAGGAGCCCGGUGUGGGUUGUGGGGUUCAGCUUUAGGUGCCAUUUUGCUGCCAGGCACCCUAAGAGCCCAGCCCUGCCCACCCCCAGCAGGCAUAGCCCCCCGGCCAACAGCAUGAUGCUUCUCCAGACUGAUGGUUGCACUUUGGUUUGUUGUUUUUUUUGGUUUGUGUUUUUUUUUUUUUCAAUAAUUCUCUUCAAUGUUAUUUUUUUUCUGCCAAAAAAAAAAACAAAAACCAAAACCCACCCAAACAAAAAAAACGCUGCUUGAAGUGACGUUUCGGCGCUGUGUUGAGCACUGUAAUUCCUGCAGUCGGGGCAGGCAGGCUGGGACCUGCACACCAUGUGCUGGAUUUUUACCCAAAACUGAAAUUUCUGGUGUCUGCUGAAGUACCAGCCCCAGACACUGACCUGUCCGACGCGUUUCUUCCAUUGGUGUGUGUGUAAAUGAGAGCAUUUCAUCAGCUGUACCCAUUCGUUCUGUCACUGGUAAGACAACUGUGGUACUAAAUGUCAUUCAAACCAAUAAAUUAUUAUGUCAGA